CGUCAAUUUAGCUGUUUCUCUGGCGCCCCCUAGCGGACGUUUAAACCUGGACGCCUGUUUCCUGUGUAACCAAUCCUGGCGCAGAAAAAAAGGGAUUAUUCGGAAUAGCGGUGUUACGAAGUAGCGCUCCUCCUCUUGACUCUGAUAAUAGGUCCUUUCCCGCGAAAUGCACCGUGUGUUUCCGUGAGAGCGGCACAAAGGGAGGGAGGAGGCAAGGAGGAAGAGCGAGAGAGAUCUAGAGCGAGGGAGGGAGAGAAAGCUCCCUGAGCAACAUGGCUGCUGUUUACUUGGGGAGGCAAACCAGGUUGCGAGAAAACGUCGAGAAGGCGUCGUCGGAAAAUGAACCCGACUCGUGCGCGGAGCGCAGCGCAGACCCAGCACGCCCUGGUGAAGCACUGUGUGCGGAGAGCCGCGCUGCGGGACAGGCUGUAAGAACCGGCGCUCCCGCACCCGAGGCCCAGGAGCACGCAGAAGUUGCGGCAUUAACGAGCGCAUCGGUGCCUGCUAUAAGGAUAAAGGAAGAGCCGGCCGAGGAGGGUGAAUACGUGACCGUGCACGUGGACGAUGUCGGUGAAGAGGGUUGGGAAGAGCAGUCGGACAGAGGGGAAGAUUUCGGACGUGAUGAGGGAGAUUGGUCAUUUUGCGGUGAAGAAAAGAGCGAGGCUUUUGGGAGCAAGGAGGCGUACCUGGAGCACCGCCGGGAGCACACCCAUGACGGCCCCAUAGUCUGUUUGGACACUGACUCCGAGUGGGACAAUUUGCUCGUCUCCACAGACGGAGGUCAUCAAACCUUGUGUUGUGCUCUGUGCGGUUGCAAAUUUUCAAACUCAAAAGAGUUUUUUACUCACCAGCUCAAACACCGUAAUGACAUUAUUAAGCAGGAAUCAUUGGUGGAAACUGGUGAGGGUUUAUCCAAACAGAAGUCUUUUGAGUGCAAAGAGUGUGGUAAAACUUACUCAUCAGUCGGCCAAUGCCUUAAUCAUGAGCGUUCACACAAGCAGGCCUCAAAAUCUGUUUUCCAUCAGUUGGCCCAUUUGAAGAAAAAGUCCUUCCAGUGCCCCACCUGUGGCCGUUCUUACUCUCGUGCAUCAGCUCUCGAUGCGCAUCGCCGUUGUCAUGAAGAGAAGCUGUUCAAGUCGAGAAACAGUGAAGGGGAAAAACACCUAGCUGAGGAAGUUACAGUUAAAAAUGAACCAGAGCAAACUGACACAAUUUCUGAACAGUUAGAUGAGUCUCCGAAAAAACUUUUUGAAUGCUUGGACUGUGGAAAAUCUUUCCGCACUAUGUGCGGCCUCGGGACACACCAGCGUUUCUCUGUCAACUGUUCGAGCACUACAGUUAAGGGGCGUGGCAAGCGAUCGUUUGACUGCACUGAAUGCGGAAAGACGUUUCACCGUCCCAUGGCAAUGGCAUGCCAUCAACGUUGGCAUAAAAGACGAGAGCAGCUUCCCGGUAAUGAGCAGCCGUUCAAGUGUAAGGAAUGUGGCAAGGCUUUUAUUUCGGCCACAUUCUACAACAAACACGUACGAUCGGCUCAUAGCGAAGAGACGCCAGCCAAGAGUUUCCUUCAUCAAGUCUUUCAGCUGCAGAAGAAGGCUUUUGAAUGUCAGGAAUGUGGCCGACGAUUUUCUCGUGCUUCUGCCUUGCAUUCACAUCAGCUCUGUCAUACCGAUGAGUUUUGUGACAUUAUGGAGGGGAGUUCUCAGAAGUUCUCUGCUGGACAAACAGUUGUGCCUUUUCAGAAUAUCCAAGACAGGGCUUCUUAUUUCACUGGAGGUAGAGUGCAUUCACAAAACAUCGUUCAAACUAAUGAUCUAGUAAAAGAAUUUAAGCAUGAUGGAACAGCUAGCACAGAAGGGCUUAAAGGAGAUGAUUUUAAACCUGUCAUAAUGGCAGCUUCUGAUAGUCAUACACACGACUAUGGCCCCCAACAAAACCCUGAUCUCGAGUUAUUAUGUGAAUCAGACCAGGAGGAAAAAGACUUGAAUUUAACCCCGGAAAAAGAAUCUGUAAACCUUUUGCAGCCAGAAGAUCCAGAGAACGAUGUGAACGUUAUGCAGAUAGACUGUCUGAAUUUCAGCAAGGCAUCAGGAGAAACAGAGACGGACCAAAAUCCUUCACCGGAGGAUAAGAAGUAUGAAUGCUCAGAGUGUAAUCGGACAUUUGAUAAGGCUGGAUCUUUGCGUUGUCACAUGUUAUGGCAUACAGGAGGAAUAGGGAAGAAAUCACGUUUCCGGAGAAAGCUUAAAAUGGCAAAUCCAGUCAAAAGAAUUUCGAUGAAAUGCGAGAUCUGUGGCCAUGAAAGUUUCACUAAGACUUCUCAUUACGUUCACCUGGCAAAACAUGAAGACCGAAAACCUUACAAGUCGAUUCAAUACCAGCUUGCAACUUUGCAGAAAAACAGCUUUAAGUGUGAUAUAUGUGGAAUGCAUUUCUCGCGCCUCUCUGCCCUACAGUCUCAUCAGCAGCAUCACAACAAAGUAAAGAAGCCUUACGAAUGCGACAGGUGUGACAAAAGCUAUUCGAACCUCAGUACUCUUAAUAACCAUCAGAAGGUUUGCACUGGUAAAGGAACGCUUUCAACCUGUUCUCACCGUGACGACAAUAAAAAGACAGUGCAGUUUAAUCCGAGUAAGACACUACUGGGUCCUAAAGUUCACCAUUGUAAAAAAUGUAAGAAAGGAUUCUGGUCUACGGGAGCUUUGUUUCAUCAUAAACAGUAUCAUCCGCAAUGUGCCGAUAUUACCACAAACAGUUCCGAAGACACUGGUAAUUCUGAAAAUGGGCACAUAAGACGCAAGAGACGAGGUCGUAAGAGAGGUAUGAUGAGCAGUUCCAAUCACACACCUCGGGUAAUGCCUAGUCGCAUCAAGUCAAAAUUGUAUAAAUGUGAUGUUUGUGAAAAAUCCUAUCGUGUUAUAGGCUGCUUUCUUAAACAUAAGCUUAUUCACCAAACCCAAGCUACCCAGCCUCCAGUAAAGUCAUUUGACUAUCAGGUUAAACAUAUGCAGAAGAACGUGCAUCGUUGUCCUGAUUGUGGGAAAAAAUUUUCACGAGCCAUGGCCCUUCAGUUCCACAUGAGAAGCCAUGGCUAUGAAACCGGCCUUCCAGUGGAAAUGGAACAGUCUAAUGGCUCUCAGUGCCCAGUCUGCCAUGCUGUUUUCACUUGUGAGUCAUCAUUAAAAAUGCAUAGAAAACGCUGUUCAAAAGCAAAACGGAAGCAGAAAGAGAUUAAUCAAGAAAAGGAAUUGGAUCCCAGUGCACCGAAAGACGAUGUUCGAAACGAGGCGUGUGAAGAUGUGGACGACAUUUCUGAAAACAAACUCAAAACACCAUCCUUUACCUCUGACAUGAAAUAUUCCUGUAAUGACUGUGGCAGAGGCUUUUCUGUUAUUGGUGCACUUAAUUUUCAUAAAAGAAUACACCGCAAAUCAUCCACUUCCGUGGAAUCACUGUCUGAACAUGUAAAUGAGUCUCCUGUCAAACUUGAAGAACCGACAGGAAAGGCUCUGUUUUAUUGUUCUGAAUGUGGGAGGAAAUUUUCUACAAAUUCUGCCCUUGGAACACACCGGAGAUGGCAUAAGGACAAGAAAUUAGCCCGAUUUAUAUUAAAAAGUAGUAAAAUGUCAAGGAAAACCAUGGAGAAUGGUCCUUUUUUAUGUAAUUUGUGUGGGAAGGGAUUCUUCUAUCUAUGUGUCCUCCGUCGCCACCAAAAAUAUCAUCCGCCGAUUGUGGCCCAGCCGGACCCCGAACUAAAUCUUAAAAUUACUGAACUUCUCAGUGGUGAUUCUCCGAAGAGAAACCUGAACUGCCCGGACUGCGAUGCAUCUUUUAGUAGUGGAUCUCUCUUAGCAGACCACUUUGCCUCCCAUCAUACCAAGCUACCUGAGGUUGAACCAAAGCCACAGGUUCAUGAGCCCGACCUAAGUAGAGUACAAGUAUCAGAUCAACCUAUUAAACCAAUCGCAAAUCCAUCCAAAGCUGAAAUCGGAAAAGACAAACCAAAGAAGAAAAACUACUGUCUCCAGUGUAACAAGAAAUUCAUCAACGCAAGAGGUCUCCGUGCACACAAAUGGCAGAAGCACAGGCGGCCCAGAGGACGACCACCAGGUAGCGUUAGUGGUGGAAUAAAACCCUUCCCUUGCUUACACUGUGAGAAGCGCUAUGGAUCGCUAGGAUCCCUGCAUAACCAUCAACGAAUCUGUAGUGCAACCAAUAGAAGUCCUGCACAACCAAAUAAACCAGAGGUAGUAGAGGAGCAGCCAUCGCAGCAGAGACCUUUAGAGUCCGGUACAAAGUGCCUUUUUAAAUGUCAGAAAUGUGGUAAAGCUUUUCCCAGUGAAAAGCAAUUGGAUGCCCAUAAAGAGGCAGCAAGGACGCGUCCUCACUGUUGCGCGCUGUGCUGUCGUGGCUAUUGGACAGAAUCUCAGCUACAGCAGCAUCUCAUUUGGCACGAUGAAGUACGACGGCGUCUCCCAACCGAGCUUCGUUACAGGCUUAACAGCUCUGUAGCAUCGGGAUCUUCAGCUACACUGCAGGUCUCAAGCACGAACUUGGCAUCCCCAGCAAAGCUACCUUCAACUGCUGCUAACCUGCAAAUGAACAAAAAUUUCAAAUGUCACCAAUGCAACAAGAUGUUUCUUUCCCCACAGGCACUCAAGGAGCACAAAGCUCUCCACAAGUGCACGGAGGCUUAUUAUUGCUCUCUUUGUCCAAAGACAUUUGCUGAAAUUGGGGAGCUGAUCGAGCAUCACCAGGAGUGUAUGGGUGAUGAAGAGGUAGAGGCGACCCCUUUACCUGCAUCUUCCAGGGAUACAGAGAGCCUAACAUGCAUUGAGUGUGGGAUCUCUUUUAAACAGGAAACAGACUUGCAUCAACAUUACAUCGAUCAUGCACGUGGAGAGUUUUGAGUUAGUCCGAGGUAGCUUAAUUACACAUCUCUCUUGCUUUGUUGAAAAAUAUUUAACUAUUGUAGUUUUAGUGUGUGCAGAUGAUUUGGCUCCGUUAGUCUCCACUGUUAUAUGAUAGCCUGUUAUGUUACAUUUGCUGCUCUUUAAACAAUAGUAGUCUCAUUUCUAAUUAUUUUUACACCUGCUAUGUUUUCAAUAUCAGAACUAGUAGCAAAUUAAAAAAUUAGUUGUCAUCAAGCAUUUUCAAGCUUUGGUAAUUAUUUAAUGAAAAUCUGCAAGGGAAAGCAGCCCGUUCUACAGAAGAAGACUGUCUUGUAAAUGUUCUAAUGCUGUUGCUUCCUAGUUAUUUAGCAACUCCUUGUGAUUAAUGAAUAAAAAGUAGAGAUAUUAUACAUCCAAAGUCUAGUCCAAGAUAAUUUUUUUUAAAGCUUGUGGCAUUUAAACAAAAAUUAAGUUGUUACAGUGAGCAACAGUGAAGUUUGGAAUGAAUAUUCUGUAUGGAACAAAGCCCUUUAUUUAGAGCUGAAAAUAUUUAACAGUAUGUAAUUUUCUGGACACCUUCAUGCACCGGUGGUCCUGUCAUUUACUGUAUAUAAUAAGCUGGUUAAUUAAUUGCUUUUAAGUUUUGAUAUAUAUUAACAUGUUAAUAAGUAAUGGUAAUGACAAAUGAUGAAACUUCAUUUUCAGAUGACAAAUUUGAAUUAAACAAAUAAAACAAACAUCAGUAGACUUCAUUAUAAUGAAGCGCUUUGACCAAUGUAAAAAUUUAAUGGAAAAUUUUGCCACAUAUUUGGGUUACAGGCUUCAAGGACUCUUCAUGUGAAUACACCAGGUGGACCAUGUCUUUGGAGUAACUUUCUCUCCCCUUCCACACUUUAAUGUAGACGUUUCAAGCUGCUGUAAUUAAUUUUGCAAUUGUGCUGUACAUAUAUGUUCCAUGUAGAUUCCUAUUCAUGGACUGUCAUUGUUCAGUAACAGUGCAUUAUUAUUAUUUCAUAACUGUGCUUACUCUGUGGUCAAAUCUGACAGUACAUACCCAAGUCAGAUAAGUACAGGGUUAAUGACGAUGCCUUAAAAAACCUGAACUUAUUUGUUUAAAAAUGCUUUUAAAUUAUUAAUUGCUUUAUAUAUGUUUUUUUUUUUUUUUUUUAAAACAUUUGGUUUCAUGUUCAGUAAAUUUUAGUUACAGUGAGUAAGCAUUAAACUGAAUGUAAAUUUAAGAAAAUUACGAUUCACAUACUGCAUCUUUAAUGAUGUGAUCACCUGUUCAAAAUAAGACUUUUGUUUUGUUUUUUGUCCUCCCAGUGUAAAGUGACAUAAAAACAGCUAUCUCUUACAGAGAAACAUAAUGUGUAAGCUGUCUUUGGAAAAGAACUCUGUUGUAAUUAUGUGUAGUGUAUGUAAACACAUGAAAUAAUUCUAUGAAGAUGAGUGAAUAAACCUCUAAAUAUGCUA